AUGUAGAAUAGCCAUCUAGCUAUGAACACCCUUCAAAACUGAAGCUUGCAUCAUUUCUUCACACGUUUGCACAUUUAAUCCAGGAGCCAAGUCUCUUUCUGGAAUUUCCUGCUCACCCAAUCAGGCAAAAGGCUGUGAAAAAAGGGAAGGCAAUCAUCAAAUUACACAGAGGGGUCCAUCUGUUAUCUUAGACCGUUGUUCUCAAGUAACACAGAGAGGAGAUGCUCUGAAAAACACUCUGCUCAAGCUUUUCUUUGAGACUAUAUUUCCAUGCUGUUGGUGCACUGUCAAGGGUUUAUAUAUGCCAACCCCACAGAAGAAAGUUGUUUUCUGCAUCGCUGGUGUGCUCUGUUUUGCUUGCGCUCUGGGCAUCGCAGCAGCCAUCGGAACUCAGCUGUGGAUCAGAGGAAAGAUUCUCUGCAAAACUGGAGCACUGCUUGUCAAUGCCACUGGGCAGGAACUAGAUAAGUUCAUUGGUGAAAUUCAGUAUGGACUUUUCUAUGGGGAGAGAGUCAGACAAUGCGGGCUCGGAGGGAGACCUUUUCGGUUUGCAUUUUUUCCAGAUUUGUUCAAAAUUAUCCCUGCAAGCAUCCACGUUAGUGUCAUCCUCUUCUGCUUGGCGUUAUUAGUAUUUGCCCUCAUUGGAACAGGGUUCUUCAUGUACAAUGCCUUUGGCAAACCGUAUGAAACACUGCACGGUCCUUUAGGACUCUACCUGUGGAGCUUCAUUUCAUUUUCUUGUGGUUGUCUCAUCAUGAUCCUCUUCUCAUCAGAAGUGAAAAUUCAUCACCUCUCCGAAAAAAUAGCUAAUUAUAAAGAAGGGGGGUUUAUUUUUAAAACUCACAGUGAGCAAUUUGCAAAUUCAUUCUGGAUCAUCCUGGUGUGCUCAUUAGUACACUUUCUGAACAUUUUGCUGAUACGCCUCGCUGGAUUUGCAUUUCCUUUUUCAAAGUCGAAAGAUUCAGAGACAGCAAAUGGAGCAGUCGAUCUAAUGUAUUAGAUGGGUUUUGAAUUAUAUUUCCUGCAAUUGGUUCAACUGGGCACCACCAAACCUAAAUGGGCUUCAAGGGCAAUAUAGUCCAAAAACUCCAAAAGAGAGAUACCAGCACACACAAAAUAAAUUAAUUAAAUAAUGUUUGUGUGAGGAUUACAUUCAAUCCUUAAAUUACGUUAGUAUGUGCUUUUUUUUCACUAAGAAAAUACAUGAUUGUUGACAUAAUGUCAAAGAAUGGGUUGCAUUAUGUGUAUUUUAGAAUCCAAACUAAGUUUAUUAGUUCAGACAUGCAGGCAAACCAUCUUUUUUCACAUCUUUAUUUAAAAUCUCUUGAUGUUAUCCUACACAACAGAGUCUAGAGGCACACUAUAUAUUGAACCAUGAUCUGUCAAUUUAGAUGCAAUGGCAAAUCAGUUUGCUCAAACUGUUGUUUCCAAACCAGCUUCAUAUCUUGAUGAUUAGGUCCUUCUCUGGUGUAAUGGGCAUACUGUGGUGUAUUGGAGUAUAUCUUUUUAGACAUGAAAACAAACAUGAAAAUGUUUGUUUAUCUAUCAAUCAUAAUACAUCAUGGCAAACCAUGUUUUAAUAUUAUGUCACAACUACUUAACUGUUUGUUUAAAAUGAUUAGAGACCUAGAAGAAAGCAAUAUGAUCGAAGUAGUGUAAGGAAAUAAUAGAACAAAAUGUUAAUUUUUAAAAUGGAAAUAUAGUUUUUUUGAUAACAUGUCGGCGCAUACCUUUAUGUAUAGAGAUAGUGAUAUACAGUAUUGGAAUUGUUUCCCUUUAAAAAAAAUAUUUUGUGUAUAUCAAAACAAGAAGUAGAUGUCAUCAUCCUCCUAGAAAAUUGAAAUAAGGCUACAUUCAGGAGAAGACACUAAAUUACAUACAUUUAACAGCUUGAGUGACAUCCUGUAGUUACUCCAUCAACAGAAGGAAGAAGACCAGGACUCAUGGGACAACUUCUGUUCCCAAAGUAAUUCCAGUUUCAGAGUAAAAACAUCAGAUACCUCCUCAUACUGUUUAUUUACAUCAGUGGUUCCCAACCUUUUUUUGACCAGGGACCACUCUCUAACAUUAGUACCAAAAGGGUUACUUGGUUUUUGGUCAGCUUUAGAUUCAAUUUGGUUAAUUUGGGGUGCCGAUUCAGAAAAUUGCAUUGGAUAGACCACAUCAGCUGUAGUUUCAGAUACAGAACAUAUGCCAUCCAAUAGUUGCCAUCAGCUUGCCCACAGAAAACUAUAUGUAAUAAUCUAGAGCUGAUGUUGUCUAUCCAAUGCAAUUUUCUGAAUCAGCACCCCAAAUAACCCCAGGAACAGGCCUAAAAACAAAAACACAGAAAAAAAUAUUUUUGGUUGGGCUGCUAUUAUCCUUAGUAGUAACAGUGAGACCAUGGAUCAUAUUUUAGUUCUUGCAAACCACUGGUGGUCCACGGACCACAGGUUGGGAACCACGGAUUUACAUAAAGUUGGUUCCUCAUGUUGAAUUACUUCCAAACCAAUCAUCAACACUACCAAAGAUGCCACUUAUUGUUAUGUAUGCUUAAUGUCAACUCUGCCGAAAUGGAGUAACCGAACAUUUUUGGCCUGUUUUGCUUUCUUUGUUUUUAAUUUUGGUAUUCACAUUUAUAAGCUUUGAUUUUAGAAGCAGGGUUCUGAUUCUCUUGAUGUGCAAAUGGAUGCUUCAAACAUUAAAUAAAUUCUACUCUUUCUAACAGA